AUGUACUGGGCACUUGCAUCGACGGCAGCUUAUCUGGCCGCCUCAAAUGUCGCGACAGCAAAUCCAAGCAACCACGGCCGCGGCUCCGGUCUGAAAUCAGCCUCCUAUCACGAUGGAGCCGGGGUUUUGAAAUACGUCAAUCCUCUCAUCGGCACACGUGGUAUCAUACCCGACAGCAAUGGCUUCAUGAUCUCGAGCGUCUCUACCCCGUUCGGUACGACGAGAUGGACACCUCAAACCCGAGAGAAUUACAUCCCUCAAGUGCCGUACUCGGAUCUCGAGAGGCGAGCACAUGGGUUCCAGGCAACCCAUCAGCCCGAUGGAUGGGUGAGCAAGGCCAGAUGA